AUUUUGCGAUCGAGUUGUUUACAAGACGCGGUACAAUGUUGCAUGGAGGUGCAUGAUUCAAAACUAGUUUUUUUUUUCUUUUGCAAUUUUUGCGGUUGAAGGUUGUUUACAUUCCUUGGACGAUGAUAUAAAUAUGAAACGAGUUCGCUCCUUUCAAGAAACAUAAACAUAUCCCUUUGGAUUUUUUACACUUCUGUAACUCGUGUUCUAUUGUCAAUCUAAAUUAAAUACAUUUUUUAUUUGAUUUGGUUAAAAAAACAAUCUCUCUUCUAACCUUUAGUCAUUCCUUAUAACUUUGAGAGAUUUCAAUUAGAACUUACAUCCAUUCCUUUUCAAACAAUCGUUUUAGUUUUUUAGUUCAAUUCAGAUACCCAACUCAAGCUUAAUUGAAGAAAAGAAGAAUUAGUAUGAGAUUCACUAAUACUAUUUUAUUAUCAUUAUUAGCUGCCUUCACUACAGUUGAAGCAGGAUGUUCAUUCGUUGGUGGUAAUUACUACUGUGAUGAAGUUGAUGCUGUUGUUUAUUCAAAUGUUGGUUAUUCAGGUUCAUAUUCAGAUGUUACCAAUAUGGAUGAAAAAUCUUGUGAAUGUUCCCAAAAAUCAGUUUCAUUUGAAGGUUCUAAUUCUCCAUUAGAUGAAGAAUUAUCUGUUCAUUUUAGAGGUCCUGUUAGAUUAUUACAAUUUGGUGUUUAUUAUCCAGGUUCUGGUUCAAAUAAUCAAAAAAGAGAUGUUGAAGAAGUUGAAGGUUGUACUACAACUAAACAUGUUCAUCAUGCUCAUAAAAGAGAAGCUGCCACCAAAGUUGUUGAAGUUACUCAAACCGUUUUCGUUGAUGCUAAUGGUCAAUUAGUUACUACUACUUCAUCAUCAUCAUUUGAAGCUAUUGAUAAGAAAGUUUCAACUUCUUCAUCAAAUGGUCAAUCAUCAGCUACUGAUUCAACAACCACUUUAUCUUCAACUGGUGCUCAAUCAUCAUCAUCAACUUCAUCCUCAUCUUCAUCUCAAUCCUCAUCAUCUUCAUCAUCAGGUUCAGGUUCAGGUUCAUCAUCAGAUUGGAACAGAGUUGCUUACUACCAACCAGGUUCUACUCAAAACUGUACCUUCUUGAACACUAAAGGUGGUUCAGGUUCAGGUACUUGGUCUUCAUGUUUCGGUAACUCAUUAUCAUAUGCCGCUUCAAAUGGUGUUGAUGGUGCAUCAAGUGCCAAUGCCUUAGAUAAAGUUUUAUUAAAAUCUGAUGAAGAAUAUGCUAUCUUCAGUGGUUCAAAAUGUUCAGGUGAUAGUUGUGGUUAUUAUAGAUCUGAUAUUCCAGCUUAUCAUGGUUUUGGUGGCGCUGAAAAAAUCUUUGUCUUUGAAUUUGAAAUGCCUCAUGAUUCUUCUUCUUCAGGUGCUUCAAACCCAGAUAUGCCAGCUAUUUGGUUAUUAAAUGCUAAAGUUCCAAGAACUUUACAAUAUGGUAACUCAAAAUGUUCAUGUUGGUCCACCGGUUGUGGUGAAUUAGAUUUAUUUGAAAUUUUAUCAAAAGGUGAUGAAAGAUUAAUCUCUCAUUUACAUAGUGGUCAAGGUUCAAAUGGUUCUCAAAGAGGUGGUGGUGGUUCUCAAGAUUAUUUCUCAAGACCAACUUCUGGUUCAUUCAAAGGUGCUGCUAUCUUUACAAGUGAUGGUGAAAUUCAUGUUGUUAAAGUUGAUGAUGGAUCUGAUUUCAGUUCAGGUUUAAGUAAAUCAACUGUUUCAUCAUGGUUAAGUCAAACUGGUGGUGAUGCUAAAUUAUAA